AUGCUAGAGGUGUUGAUCACAAUCAUUCCCUCAAUAUGCUGGCUACUAUACCACUUCUACACGAUACUACAAACUCCAGUCGAAAAAAUUAUUGAAGAUUUGAAUAUAGAGAUCCCCCAUAUACCAAACAUCUGCAUCGAUUCGAUAAACGAGUCCUCGAUCGUAAUUCACUGGGAUAUAGAGGUGAAAAGCGAUGAAAAUUUGUAUUACAUCAUUGUGAUAAACGGUCAAGAUGUUGCUAGUUUGACUUCGACGUCGUGCAAGUUAAACAACCUCGACCCCAAGCAAGUUUAUACUAUUGAAGUGGUUGCUAGCAAUACAAUCACCAACUUCAAGUCAAAGUCGAGACCUGUUUACAUUGAGACUUUAAGCAAGGAUGACGUGAAGCAGCUUGUCGAAAACACUGAUCUUUUGAAACCAGUUUCGAGUGAAGCAAGAGAUGAGAAUUUGAAUGCAAUCACAAUUGAACAAAUUAAGGAUAUUGACGACGCCAAAUUGGUAAACAGUUAUUUGAUCAAAACCCAAAAUGAACUUGCCAAGUCCAAUUCUGAGUAUACAAACUUCCAAACUGCCAUUAGAGAAGAGCAAAAUACCUUACAGAAAGAGUUGAACAUUUACAGAGCAGAGUAUGAGGAAGAGACCGACUCCAAAAAUAAAAAAGACCACGACGUGAAGGCUUUGGAGAGAGUAAAGAAUAACUUGUCAUUUAAAAAGUCGAAAUUAAUAGCCCAAUUAAACAACCUCACCAGCUCAUUAGCAAUUCAACGUACAAAGUUUCAGGAAAAUGAUUCAAAGAUAAUCAAAUUGAGAGAACGAAAUCUGCACUUGAGUGAAUUGGAAAAACAAGUAAAGGCUAGUAUUGAUGAGGAGAUGGAAAAAGUGCUUCAACAGUUGCAAAACGACAAACAGCAGUACGAAGCUGUUGAGGAAUCAUUAAAGAGUCUAACGGUUGAGAAAAAGGACACUAUUGUUUUAAAGAAUAAACUAAGGCCACUAUUGGACCAAUUCAAUAACCAAACCACCCAUGAUCAUUCUGCAUCACCAAGUCCUGGUCCUAAUGGUUCGUCAACUUCCCUUCAUCUGCUAAAUGCAUCUAUUUUCAACAAAGAUGGAUCGCUUACAAAGAAUUCGUUUGAAGCAUUAUUGAAGAUUUUUCAAUUGAUUCCAUCGUGGCAAGAUGAGAUUAUGCGUGAGAUAAACAAUUACCAAGAAAUUGAAAAUCAUUGGAAAUCGGCCUUCAAGGCAGAAGUUAAGAACUUUGUUGCCGUCCAUCAGGCUUUGGAGAUUGCUAAAUUGAACAUAGAUGACAGUUACCAGCCAGUCAAAUUGAAUGAAUAUCAAGCUUCUAUUGAGUUUGGCGGGUAUGGCAAUGCAUUACCAAAGCCUCGAUUCAGUAGUCAAGGCAAAGCUGAGAGAAAUGCAGCCACAGAGGAGGUUGGCAGUUCGUUCCGUAACCAUUACAGUCAGGUGUACACGAAUAAUGAGAACCAAGCUCCAGUGACCCAACCUCCAUCUUUACCCCAGGAUUACGAUGAUCAACCAUUUGUUCCACAACAAGGACAAAUACCUCCAAUGGCCGAUUUUCAAACACGUGGUGGUGACCAGUCCUAUAUCAGCUUGAAACAAAUCAAUGCAUUGGCAAGAGGUUUAGAAGUAAACUCUCCGAUGCACUCUGAUCCUGCGUUGCAUGAACCAUUCAACCCAAAUUUACCAGUCUUUAAUGAACCGAGUGAAGUUGUUUCUCCCACCCAAACUUCGUUUUACGGCAACUUGGCUCCCUCGAUCCAAGCACCACAAGGCUUGGAGUCCCGCUUGUACGAUCCUAAUCAUUCUAGAUCCUUGUCGGAGGUGUGGAAUCCUCCAGCAGCCCCCACAGGAACUGGCUCCUCUUUGCAUGAAUUUGUGCAGCCAACAGCCGCACGAGCAACGCAAAACGGGUUCUUGGUUUCGCCUUCGCAGAAUAUUUGGCUCAAUGAGAGGGGUAACAACAGCAUCAGUGCCAUGUCUAGCAAUUCGCCAAUAUGGAGAAAUGAGCUAUAUUCUAAUACGGGGCCUGCACAGCUUUCUACAUCUCCUCAGUCGAGGGAAUUUCAGCCUUUUGGUGACCGGUUUAAUUUGCUAAACACAGGCGGGAACACCACUUCCACUGCACAUCCCUUCUCGCUGCUUCAGCAUUUACAUUCAACGGAUAAGGAAGACUCGUCAGAAAAUCUUGCUCCUUUCGACUUUACUCCACACUAA